GUGUUGUCAUUAUUAUCCACUCUGCUCCCAGCUCAGAAUGGCCAGAUUCACUCAGACUGAAACAAGAAGGCAGCACCAUCCACAGCAGCCCGCUCACUCCAGCCUGGUUUUCACCGGACCGGGGGCACCACCGACCCACCAACCAUUCCUACUCCUCCCACACCAGCACCAGUACCCCCAGAUCACACACCCGAAACCCAUGAACGGCUCAGAACCCAUUUGCAUUCAUCCGGAGAGCGGCAACAUGAAAGACCAAGAUGCCAUUAAGCUGUUUAUCGGGCAGAUUCCGCGGAACCUGGAGGAGAAAGACCUGAAACCCUUGUUUGAACAGUUUGGGAAAAUCCACGAACUGACAGUUCUCAAGGACCGCUACACCGGCAUGCACAAAGGUUGUGCAUUUCUCACCUACUGCGCCCGCGAGUCAGCCAUCAAGGCCCAGAAUGCCCUUCAUGAGCAGAAAACACUGCCAGGGAUGACUCGCCCCAUCCAGGUGAAACCUGCCGACAGCGAGAGUCGUGGAGAAGACAGGAAGUUAUUUGUUGGGAUGCUGAACAAACAGCAGACCGAAGAGGAUGUUUACCGUCUCUUUGAACCCUAUGGAGUCAUCGAGGAGUGCACAGUCCUAAGAGGUCCUGAUGGCAACAGCAAAGGCCUCAGCUCUCCACCAGCCAACAUCACCACCUCCGCUGUUCCCAGCAUCGUCACGCCCAUUGUCAACGGCUUCACCGGCAUCCCUCAUCAGCCCAAUGGGCAUCCUGCUGUGGAAACUGUGUACACCAACGGCUUGCCGCCCUACUCCACCCAGAGCCCAACCGCAGCUGACACCCUCCAGCAAGCUUUCACCGGUGUGCAGCAAUACACAGCCAUCUACCCAGCCACCACACUGACUCCCAUUGGCCAAACACUGCCCCAACCACCCCAGGUCAUCCAGCAGCAGCAGAGAGAAGGUCCAGAGGGCUGUAACCUGUUCAUCUACCACCUGCCACAAGAGUUUGGAGACAAUGAACUCAUGCAGAUGUUUUUGCCCUUCGGUACGGUCAUUUCUUCUAAAGUCUUCAUGGACCGGGCAACCAACCAGAGCAAAUGUUUUGGUUUUGUAAGCUUCGACAACCCUGCCAGUGCACAGGCAGCUAUUCAGGCUAUGAACGGCUUUCAGAUUGGGAUGAAGAGACUAAAAGUCCAACUAAAGAGACCGAAGGAUGCUAGUCGCCCUUACUGACACAGCCUAUCGUCAGUAUUCUCUGCAGCAGCACAGGUUUCAGAGGACACGUAAAGAUAUCUUGGAAGAGUUCCACUUUUUUUUCUUUGAAAGCAAAAUAUGUUUUUAAAAAAAAAAAAAAAAAUUAUCAACACGCAAGGUAUUUUUCGGAGACAUAUCAACAUAAACACACGAAGAUGUAGGAUAGAGGAGGAAAAGGAGAUGCGGGGGGAACAUAGGAGGAGCCGCUUCAAUGGGGGACGCAUCAGCAACAAACUGCAGGAACAGCAAGAAGAAGGA